CUUGCCUGGAGGCAGCGCUGGCAGAGGCUGUGCUGUGCCUGGAGCCCGAGCCACUGCUCCAGCCCCAGGGGACACCAUGGGUGCCCAAGGUGGCAUUGCCACGCUGCUGCUGCUGCUGCUGCUGACCUGUCAGCCUCUGCCCCUCCAUGCGGGAUCCCCGGUCGGAGCCUCUUUCUUCGGGGACGGCUUUGUGGAGAUGCCGCUGGCGGAUGCCUCGCACACGGUGCAGCUCCACCUGCAGCUGUACACCAGCCAGGGGAACGGGCUGCUCUUCCUGGCUGCCGGCCAGCCUGAUCACCUUCUGCUCCAGCUGCGAGCUGGCACCCUGCAGGCCAGGCUACAGCUGGGCUCAGAGGAGAUAACACUACAGUCCCCAGAAGAGCUGCAGCUCAAUAACCUCGUGAUGCAUGAUGUGGAGCUGCUGGUGGAAGAUGGCAGGAUGAUGCUGACCAUUGAUGGCCUCUUCAACAGCUCUGUGGACAUUGCAGGACCCCUGCGUGAGCUGGACAUCCAGUACGGUCUCUAUGCCGGUGGGACAGGCAGCCUUGACCUGCCGUACCUUGCUGAGGCCAGCUCACCCUUCAGAGGUUGCCUCCACUUAGUGACAUUCAAUGGCCUGGAUGUCCUCUCCCCACUCUCCUCUGAUGGCAGCUCCAAGAUCUUCCACCAGGUCCAGGAAGGGUGCAGCACAGAGUUCUCUGCGGAACCCGAGGACCCCUUUGGGUUCCUGGGGCCACAUUCCUACAUUGCAUUUCCCACGUGGAAUGCAAGGGAGGAAGCGACCAUUGAAUUUGUGAUAACAACGAGUGUCACCCAGGCACCCCUCAUCUACCAUGCAGGGCUGGAGAAUGACUUCUUCUACCUGGAGAUCUCCAACGGGCGCCUGAGAGGGUUUGUUGAGAAGGGGAAUGGUGUUACAGUCCUGCACAACAACAUUUUCAUUAGCGAUGAGCAGCAGCAUUAUGUCAAAGUCUACACAGACAUCCACAAGUUUGAGAUCCUGAUUGAUUACUACGCCUCAUCCACAUCCAGCAGGGGCAUCAAUAACUACCUGGACCUUCAGGGAAACCUCUUCAUUGGAGGUAUGAAUGAAAAAGCUUUGCAAAGCCUGAGGGGGCACCAUCUUGCUUUCACCUCUGUGUGGACCAUGACCAACAACUCGUUUGUUGGCUGCUUGGAGGACCUGCGGAUAAACCUGCACAGGAGGAGUCUACAAGAUGCUGUGAUCACAAAGGAUAUCACAUCAGGCUGUGAAAAGCAGGAGCACUACUGGGACUAUGACGAGGUGUAUGAGCAGGAUGAGGCACCCACUUCCCCAUCUCCAGAUGUCUGGUCGGGAGCACCAGGCCUGGUGGUGGAACCGUGCCAGCCAGACAAUAGCUUCCCUCCUGCCUUUGCAAACAUCAGCAGGCUGCUGCACAUCAGCCCCCUCAUCGUCUCUGAAGGGGGCACAGCCUAUCUGGAGUGGAAGCACGCCCAGCCAACAAUAGACUUGAGCCUUGCAAACAUCCGGCAGUCCCAAAUCCUCUUUAGCAUCACCAAUGACCCUAGGCACGGCCAGCUGGAGCUAGACAUUCCCGGGUCCAGGAGCAGAAGGAAGUUCACCUUGUUGGACAUUGUGAAUCGGAAAGUCAGAUAUGUCCACGAUGGCUCUGAGGGGCCCAUGGACCAGCUGAUGCUGGAGGUGACAGUGACUGCCCAGCAAGGAGUCCCAGAGUGCUUGCGGCAGGGGCAGGUGUACCUGCUGCCCAUCAUGAUCAACCCCGUCAAUGACGGCCCACAGGUGAUCUUUCCCCACGGGAACCACAUGACAAUCUUAAAGCACACACGGAAACACCUGACCACAGACAUCCUGCAGGUACUAGAUGAUGACACAUCCUGUGAUGACCUUGAAUUCCAGCUGCAUGGUAGCCAGCAGAUGGAGGAGGGUUACGUGGAGUAUGACUUUCACCCUGGAGUGCCCAUAGAAGAGUUCUCCUGCAGGGACCUGGAAGCAGGCCACAUAGUCUAUGUGCACCAGAGUGGGACAGACUUACAGCUCACCUUGCAGGUGAGUGACGGCACAGUCCCCAGCCCUGUUGCCACCCUAAGGAUCCUUGCCAUUGACCCUGACAUCCACCUGCACAACAACACUGGCCUCUAUAUCUCCCAAGGAGAGGCUGCACGCAUUACCACAGCCAACCUGUCAGUGGAGACAAACGCCAUGAAACAACGCGUUGCUAUCCUGUAUGUCCUCACAGAGCCCCUAAGUUAUGGUGAGGUCCAGAAGCAAGGGAGCGUGGGAGGGGAAUGGAAAAAAGUCGAAUCCUUCCACCAGCAAGACCUGGAGCAAGGGCGCAUCCAGUAUUUUAGCACAGACUCAGAGCACCAUCAGGAAGAUCUUGUGGAGAAGCUGAGAUUUGAGGUCCAGGUGGGGCAGAAGGUCUUGCAAAACAACACCUUUCUCAUAAGGAUUAAAAGAGCAACCAUUAGGAUGAGGACCAUGGUCCCUCUCCAGAUGAAGAACAAGCGUCACAGAAAUAUCACCAGUAAGGAGCUGGAAGCAAUGCUGGAAAAUCAAAACUCUGCUCCAGUCCCUUUCCACUAUGUGCUAAUCCAGGCUCCCAAAAAGGGAAACCUGGAGCUGCUCGGCAACAGGCUGACCGAAGGCUUUGGUUUUACUCAAGAUGACCUGCAAAGAAACCACCUGAGCUACAGUGCGACCAUCAGGAACUCUCAGCAAGCAGAGGACACCUUCCAGUUUCGUGUCCAUGCUGGUGAGGAGUACUCUCCCAUCUACACCUACUCAAUCAGCAUUGGUGGAGACCCUGAUGCACCAGCCCUGACCAACGUCCUCCUGACUGUGCCAGAAGGGGGGCAAGCUGUCAUCUCCAAGGACCACUUGUUUGUACAGAGCAUGAACAGCAUGGACUACCUCUACGAAGUGAUUGAGGGGCCAGCACAUGGGAGGCUGGCUUGGGCUUCAUCCCAUGGCUGGGCUUCCAGAGAGGAGAUCACAGAGUUCACCAAUGAUGACAUUGUCCACCGCCGGCUGCUGUACCAGCACGAUGACUCUGAGACACUGGAGGACGACAUCCCCUUCGUAGCGAUCAGACAGGGUGAGGGCAGUGCUGAGCCCGAUGUGGAGGAGGUGAGAGGUGUUUUCAGGGUCUCCAUCCAACCCAUCAAUGACCACACCCCAGUCCAGGUGGUGAACAAGGUCUUCAAUGUGGUGCGCAAUGGGCAGCAUCUACUGACGACAGAUGACAUUGCCUUCACUGACAAGGAUUCUGGCUUCUCUGACAUGCAGCUAGUGCUGGCGAGGAAGGAUAUUUUAUUUGGCAGCAUCGUGUCUGUCGACGACAGAAGCCACCAGGUCUACCGGUUCACACAGGAUGACUUGAGGAAGAAGAAGAUCCUCUUUGUCCAUUCUGGGGCUGACAGGGGCUGGAUCCAGCUACAGGUCUCAGAUGGCCUCCACCAAACCACAGCCCUCCUGGAAGUACAGGCAUCAGACCCCUACAUCAAAAUAGUCAACAACACUGGUCUAGUCAUUCACCAAGGCAGCAGAGGGAGCAUUGACUCCUCUGUCCUCAGCCUGGAGACCAACAUGGACAUCAGGUCAGAUGAAGAGAUACAGUUCCUGAUAAUGACCCCGCCAAGAUGGGGAACCGUGCUGAGAGGGGAGCAGCCAAUCAUGGCCUUCUCCCAGAGAGACCUGUUAGCAGGAGAGAUCUCCUACCACCACAAUGGGAGCAGGAACACCCGGGAUGAGCUCCAGUUCACUGUAGAAGCAAACAAUGUGGUGGUGGAGGACACACUGGCCAUCAGCGUGUUCUUGGGCACCCAUCCCAGCCCCCUGCACAUAGUCAACCACAAGGAGAUCCAUGUCUUCCAGGGGGAAGCAGCUGGGAUCAAGAAGAAGUACUUACUGGUGACCCAUGAAGAGAUCCCUCCUCAAGACAUAGUCUACCUGGUGAGCAGUCCCCCGGCCUCUGGCUUCCUUGCGAUGCUUCAGCACAGCCGAGACUCGAACGAGCAGCCCAGCCUCGACCCCAUCCAGUCCUUCACCCAGGAGGAUAUCAACAAUGGCAAAGUCCUCUAUCUCCACUCCAAGCUGGAGGAGGAGCAUGACCAGUUUGUUGUGGACAUCACGGCCAGCGGUGCAGACCCGCUGGAGGGGGUGGUGGUGAGCCUGGCCGUGCUCCCCAUCACUGUCCCCCUGGACAUCCGGAACAUCACAGUGCCAGGAGGUGGCUCUGUCACCCUCUCCACAGGCAUCCUCAACAUCCCUAACACCUACUUCACAUCUCUCAGCAUGGAGUUCAAGGUGCUCGAACCCCCCCAGUUUGGCACCCUCCUGAACAGCAAGCGGCCUGAGGACGGCAAGCUGCACAGCUUCACCUGGAGCGAGGUGGAGAGCCAGCAGAUCCAGUACAGGCAGGACAGUCCCCGGGCCCAGGCCGACAGCUUCACCCUCCUGGCCAACGCCUCCGAGAUGGACCGGCAGAGCCAGCCCAGGACCCUCUUCAUCACCAUCCUGCCCCGCAGCUCCAAGGGGCCCCGGCUGAGGGUCAACGCCGGGCUGCAGCUGCGGGAAGGUACCACGGCUGCCAUCAGCCCCUACAUCCUGAGCGCUGAGGACGAGGAUUCCCCAGCAGAGGAGGUGACCUACUCCAUCCAGCCCCCAGCCAACGGGAAGGUUGUGCUGAGGUCAGCACCCGGCACUGAGGUCCGGCAGUUCACCCAGGCCCAGAUAAACAACGGCCUCAUCCUCUUCAUGCACCAAGGGCCCCUGGAUGGGGGCUUCACCUUUGACCUGUGGGAUGGCGAGAAUCUGUCUCCUGGGCACUUCUUCCUCGUUAGGGCCCAGAGAGAGCCCCUCAUCAGCCUGGCCAAGAAGCAGAGCCUCACCGUCUGCCCAGGUGCCCUGCAGCCCAUCACCAGCCAGAACCUGCAGGCAGUGAGUAACAGCCCCACUGGCUCCACUGCUCUGUACUACAGCAUUGAGCAAGCCCCGCGCCUGGGCAGGCUGCGCACCUCCUGGGGGGAGGAAAUCAGGAACUUCACCCAAGCCCAGGUGGACAGCGGGUUGAUUUUCUACCAGCAUGAGAUGCCAGAGAAGCCCUUCUGGCUCACCCAAGAUGCCAUCCGCUUCCGUGUGGUUGCUCCCACAACUAUCUCAGACUCCUUCAUCCUCCUCGUGCUGAUCUCCUUUGAGGCCACCUGUCCCCAGCGCUCAAGUCAGCUAUGGAGAAAUGCAGGUCUCCAGCUCACAAGGGCUCAACAGGCCAAGAUCGACACCUCAGUGCUGGAUGCUUCCAACCUCCUAAGCCAAAUCCCGGUCCCUGAGAGGGCUGACCAUGAUGUUGUCUUCCUGGUGACAGGGCUGCCAGCUCAUGGGCAGCUCUUGGUGGCUAGUGUGCCCCUGGAUCAGUCACAGCCAUUCUUCCUGCAGUCAGACCUGGCCACAGGGCGCCUGGUCUAUGCCCAUGGCGGAGACAGCAUCUCUGAUGAUCAUUUCAGAUUUAAGGCUUGGCUCCGGCCCCAGGUGCAGCAGUCCAUCCGUCCUCCUCAGGAAGGGGUGGUUAUCUCUGAAACCUUCAAUAUAACAGUGACCAGCAGUAGCAGCAAGCCACCACAGGUGGUGAAGCAGCAAGAAGUGCUGCGGGUCCCACCAGGCUCUGUGAUGACCUUGUCCCAAGAGUACCUGGAUGUGGCAGACCCAUUGGGGUCCCCAGAGGAGAUGGUGUACAGUGUCCUUCAAAGACCUCUUGCUGGCCACUUGGCCAAAGCACGCAACCCACAGGAACCCAUCAACCGCUUCACCCAAGCAGAUAUCAAUGCAGGCCACAUGAUUUUUGUUGCCACAGGGAGCCAUGCCCCAGGGUCCUUAGUGCUGAGCCUCUCCGAUGGCCACCACCCACCCACCUUGACCUCGCUGGAGAUUGAGGUGCUGCCUGCAGUGAACACCGCUGCCAGCCCAGUGCCGCUGGAGGUGCCCCAAGACCUGAACAGGGCGUUGGUGUCCCACCAUCACCUCCUGGGAGCCACACAGCUGGGGGCAGGCAAUGCCCUGUACAGGAUCACCAGGGACCCAAGGUUUGGCCAAGUGCAGGUCAACCAAAAGCCAGCACGGGGCUUCUCGCAGAAGCAGCUGGACCGCGGGGAGGUGAUGUUCACCUUCACUGACCUCACCUCUCCCCAGGACAACUUCCAGUUCCUUGCCUUGUCACAGGCAGCCAACAGGACUGGGGUGGUGAACGUGACUGUCCGUGCCUUGGUGAAGGCACGGCUGGGCAGUGUUUGGCCCAAGGGCACCACAGCCCUCCUGGACACCAGCAUCCUUGAUGCCAGUGAGCUGGCCAACCACACCAAGAGCAUCCCAGUCUUCAAGAUCCGCAGGGCGCCCCGUGGCAGCCGUCUCGUGAGGGUCUCCAGGGACCCAGCACAACCCACCACUCUGAUCGAGACCUUCAGCCAGAGCGAGCUGGAACAAGGGCUGGUCGGGCUGGAGGUGCUGGAUGGUGGGGAGACUGACCAGCCCCCAAAGAGUGACAGCUUCGUCUUUGAGCUGGCAGCUGCCGGCGUGCCACCAGCACUGGCAUCCCUGGGGUACAGCAUUGAGCCCUACAAUGCCUCAAAAGCCUACGGUGUCACCCUGAUCACAGCCCCCCUGGCGCCCUUGCCCCCAGUGCCCCAGCCCCAGGGCACAGCACAGAGCAGCCCCAAUGCCAGUGAGUUGGGCGUGACCCCCACAGCCUGGCUGGGCCCUGGUUCUACCACCAGCCCCAGCCCCGUGGAGGGAGGCACCUUCCUCAGCUUCAUUGAGGCCAACAUGUUCAGCAUCAUCAUCCCUAUCUGCCUCAUCUUCCUCCUGCUGGCCCUCAUCCUGCCCCUGCUCUUCUAUCUGCACAAGCGCAACAAGACAGGGAAGCACCACGUCCAGGGCACCCCCUCCUCCAGGGCCAAGAAUGGGGCCAUGCUGGGCCAGGAGACCUUCCGCAGGACGGACCCCAACCAAGGUAUCCCCCUAACGACUGUCAACACCCUGGAGGGCAAAGGCAUGAGUCCCCCACCCCAGGGCACAGGUCCUGGGGCACCACUGGACCCUGAGCUCCUCCAACACUGCCGGACUUCCAACCCCCCCUUGAAAAACAACCAGUACUGGGUGUGAAGGGCUCAGGCGUGGGGGCACAAGACCACGUGGGGGUCCAGACCCUCCUGGAGCAUCACCGGCCACCUCCUCCCAGCUCUCUUCCUCCUCCCUGGGAGCUGGCAUCCCACAGAUGCAGGAGGACCCUGGGGAUAUGGGGGCUGCUGGUCCUGCCCACCCGGGACCCCCAAAUCUCUGGUGGUUUUGGGCAGGGGAGGGGGACACUGCAUAGGCAAGUGGGGGCAAGUGACAUAUCCAAGCAUCCCUGAGGAACACUGAGUGCUCAUUUGGGCCACCUAACAGUGGCCACAGUGCUGAAGGGGACUUGAUGGCACUAGUCCUCACCGAGCCAUUGGUGGCUCCUCUGUAGGCAUCACUGACUGCCACGGGGGUGUGUGCCACAGCUCUUAGCCCACAAGGAAGGAUGAGGAGCAGCUUGGGCUGAGUCAGGCUGGGGAUGAAGCUGCCCAAAUCCCCCAGGGCUAGGCGGGCUGAGACACUGGAGCAGAGGCUCGGAAAAAACUCUGUGGCCAAUGCCAGGGGAAUUCAAGGAGUCCCCACCCACUUGGAAAAAACCCGCCUCGCUCUUUCUCUGCAUGCUUGUUGUGUGUUUCAUAAAGCAGAUUGCACUGAACCCUGAGGGGGUUGCACAACAGGUAGGAUGCCCUUGGCAGGGAGGGACGGCAGGCACUCACCUGGGCAGUGUGAAACCGGUGGGGAGAGCAGAGAACCAGAGCCAGCACGGUUUUCCACUGCAUACUCCAGUACGGCAGAUGUAAACAGGAUAAAGGGCCUUUUCCAAGGUGCAUCACAGUUUUUGUAAGCCAUCUCCAUCAUGUCACCACUCCUUGCCAGGCCUGUUUUAAGCCCAGUGAACUGCCGAGCGACAUUUGGAGGUAAUGGACCAAAUUCUGGGCUCUUGCUCAAAUUUUCCCUAGCCUGGAGCCCUAAAAACUUAAAUAGAAAUUAUCUGAGGAAAAACUGAGCGCUGAGCUCUCAGGAUGGGACCCAACAAUAAUACCCUGCAUUGCUACAGCUGGGAAGCUCAUCACGGAGCACAUCCCACUCUCACAACAUGAAUAGGAGGCUGAAUUGAGCCCCCAAGGAUAACAGGGGAUGCGUCACAGUUUCACGCCUCUCACCCAGGGUAAAAAUCCAUCCCCAGCAUCAAUGAACGAUCCCUCCCCAAGGCAGCACCCCGGGGCAGUCCCACUCCAAGGCUCCAGCAGAGCCAGGAUGUUUGCUUGGACCAUGCCAGCAGUUUUCCUGGCAGCGUUUAUGGUGCCAAAUAUUUGCCAAGCAGUAAAUCACACCUACCCUGCUCCAGCUGGUGGGUGCCAGCAUGUCCUGCCAGGUACCCACAGCCAUCGGGGUGCAGGCAGGCAGCCCUGUCCCCCUGCCAUGUGUGCCCCAGCCCCAACUUGCUGCAUGGUAUGGGCAAGAUAGGGCACAGCGGAGGCAGCCAUAGCACCUCUGAGCCCUCUCAACCCAAGACAGCCUGUGCCAAUGGGUGCCAAGCCUGCACACUGCUGCCUUCUUCCCUGCUGCAACCUCCCCACCUCCAAAAUCCUCCUCCUGCCCCAUCCAGAGGGGGAUAAAAAAUGAAGUUUCUGCUCAGAGGCAAAUCACAACCUCUCCCCUCUGUAAAAUGGGGACAGUGCAACCAGGCUGCCCACACCAUGGCUCAGAGCUUGCUGUGGAGGAUCUUGCUGGGCAGUGUUGCUCCCAAAAGGUCAGGACAACCUCUCCCUGCAGAGCAGAGGGAGUGUCAUUGCUUCCCUCCUUCUUUGAUAUUAACUCCAGCUCUGUCCCUUCCCCAUCACAUUCAAACAAGCACAUUUAUUAUCUUUGCUAAGUACCUACCCCCCAGCAAGGGAUGUAUGUUUGCAGGGAAGCCAGUGGCAUCCACCGAGGGCCCCCUUGGAAGCAUCCACCAUGUGUUUUCCUUUCGAAUGAUUUUCGCCUCGUACCCAGGGAUUAAAUAGAAGGAACAUGGCCUGUUUUGUAAGCAGCAUUGAAAGUGAAGCAGGUUAUUUUUAAGGCUUGUGGUUUUAUUUCCGCUUCUGGGAAACAUCCACUUCCCAGGGUCAGGGGAGGACAGGCAGGACUUGGAAAAUGCCAGUGCAGAUCACGGUUCUCCAGGGCCAAGCUCUGCUGGCAGGGUUUAAAUCCUGAACAAAGCUGCUGGCUUUGCUUGGGUUAUUCGGGGUUUGCAGCAGGAUAGCUAAGGCAGGAUCAGGCCCAGUCUUGGUGCUGCCUGCUGCCAGCCAUCCCCCUGGGAAAGGGCUGAGGGUCCAGGGGGGCUUCUCUCCAGCUACAGAGCAGACUUAAAAUACAUCCUAAACAAUCUCAAAAGUUUCCUAGUCAGGCCCUUUGCUUUCCCUGCACUGGGAGCCAGCACAGUGUCUCUGCCUUCCCUGGAGCCCUGUGUGCUCUGCACCCAGCCGGGGCAUGGCAUUGAAGCUGCUUGCUCACACAGAGGUGCAGCCCACCCUCCUCACCCCAGUUUGGGUGAGAACUACUCUGAUCUGGGAGGUUUCGGUGGUAAGAGGAGCUGGGCUGCAACCUUCCCUGCCAAGCUGGUUAUGAAGCUUGCAGAGGUGUAGGGAAGGUGGUUACAGCUGCUCUGACAGAUAGGCUGUUUCCCCCAAGGUGGGUCAGAUGUGCACAGCUGGCUGACAAGAGGCAGAUGUGCGUGUGAACUCACAUGCCCUAUUUCCAAGAAGCCACUGCCAGGUCUCCCUCCAGCACUUCCCCACCUCCUCCUGCACCUACAACUGCUGGCAUUUCCCUGGGGCAUCUCACACCUACAUCCCUCCUCCACCUUCUACCUAUGGUUUUAAAGCAGGAAAAGCCACCCAGAGUGAGAAUGCUGUGCCCAGAGAGCCCCUGCCCCAGGACAUGGCCAGAGCCAUUUCUUCUGCAGCACCACCAGCCAAGCCCAAUCCCAAGCUGUAGGCAGAGGACCUGCAUCCAGGGUGGGGUGCACAUCUCUGCCAGUCCUGCCAUGGGAGGAGGGGGUCACAGAUGGGUGCUGCCUGGGAGGGAGAUGUCCCUGCUCCUGGUGCCAGGGACACAUUGUUGUGCCCAGCCUGUAAGUGCAGAGAAAUGGAAGGUUGGGGUGGAGUGGGGACAUUAGGUAUGGGGAGCACUAGGAAGGGCUGAAGAGUGGCUAAGGGCACAUCUACAUGCAGCUUCUGAGGACACCCGGAUCAGGGAAUAAAAGGCAGGCCAAGAGGAGAGCCAGACUAUAGCCAGGCCAAGGCAAAGCCUCAAGUUGCUAAGGGAAAAAUAUGGGGUGGCAGAAAGCAGGGCAGGAGCCAGAAGAUACUCAGAAACAAAGGACAGUGAGCAAGUUGUGGUGACUCACAGAGGUGUGACAGGAUGUUGACAGACCAUACCUGCCACCACCUCCUAAAUGGUAGGAAGAGGAAUGUCAAAAGCAAGGACAUCACCAAGUAGAGCCACCCAGGAGGUGUGAGAAAGGCUCAAUAUCUUGUGUCCCUUGUCCUCUGUGCCACCUCCAGACAUCCUGAGGGAACCACCUGGUUAAGAGCAUCUCAGUGCCUGACUACCAGUUCACCUGGGCAGCCACACAGGGUCUCACAAGUGGCAAAAAUGCCAGUGAAUUUUACUUCUAUUUAAUUCUUCAUUAAGAAGUCACCUUUGCUUUCUAUAAGCCCCAGAAGCAGGGAAUUUCUCUUCCUCCACUAGGAAGCCCCCGCAGCUGGAUCCCAGGCAGGAUGCAGCCAGGAUGAUCCAGCCUGGGCUGCAUCUGUCGGGAAGUCCCUGCAGCCCUGCUGGGAUUUCAGCCCAGUGCUGGGAUUAACGUCCUGAUUUGAGCUCAGAUCAGCUGAGGCAGGAGGAGCAGUGCUGUUGCAUGGCUCAGGGAGAAGGCAGCCUGCUGGUCUGCAGGCAGGCAUGGCAGGGCCAGGCUGUCCCCAGCUGCAAGGACGGGGCAUGUUUAAAUGAUGCCCUGCUGCAGAGUCCAGCCUGGAAGGAGCAAGAAGGGAGUAAGAGCAAUUUUCCUCUGCCAUUACCUCGGCAGACCCACAGUGCCUUUAAAGCAGUCAGGAAACCUCCUCUUGAGUUACCCAAUGCCCCCCCCCCCCAGCAGCCUGGCCCUGUCCUGUGCUGGCCUUCGGUCCAAGUGCUGCGGCAAGGCAUACAGGUGACAGGAAACAGUUUCCAGGCUCCCAUUCAAAUGCAAACAAAUAAUAGGCCAAACAGGUUUCUUUCAGCAUCCACCCAGGGCAGAUAGAAUCAUUUGACUUUGAAACCCUCCCCGCAAGCCAUGCAAAUGCGGGGGUUCAACAAAUGAGGGACUUCAUUCCCAGCCAGGCUUCAGGCCAGCACAUCCAAGCCCUGCACACGAGACUGGGACUCAUGUAAGCAUCAUGUCCCCAGCCUCCAAACUCCUCAGCUGCUGUGGACAACCAUAGGUGGCAAGGACCUUGUGACAACAUUGUCCACAUUGCUCCUGGGGAUGCAGGCACAGGAAGUGAUGAACUCCCUGAGCUCACGCAGGCAGCCCCCCUCUGUUUUGGAGAGGCAAAGCAUCAUCCCAGGGCUCCUGCCUCACUGUCCCCGUCCCAAAUCCUCCCUGACAGCUCUCACCAGCCCCAGGAGAUGCUCUGGUUUUUGCUGGGAGCCAGGAGGAUCAUGCUGAGGUUCCCUCAGAGGGCACAGGUCACACUCCCUGAUGACAGAUAAUGAGGAGAGGUCUCCAGGAAGACACCUGUUCCUCCCAAAGCAGGUGAAGGAUGUGACCAGGGGUGGCUGGGUCCUCCUAGGAGCUGCCCCACAUGGGAAACUCAGAGCCAGACCUUAGGCUGGCUGCUGCGUAGUGUGACGAGGCUCAGGAUCUCCGCUCCGAGCCAAGCCCAGUGCCCCAGGAUGCCAGAAGCCCAAGCCCUCCCUCCCUGCUACGUGCCUGCCUGAUUUCAGCAGGCCAUGGCCACAGCCUGCAGAGCAGGCUCAGCUGGCAGCAAGCCCAUCAGGACAGGACAGAGCCUGAGGGGGAAGAGGAGACUGCAGGCAUGUCACCCUGGGAGCGCCCUCACAGGAGGCAGGGUCAAGGAGCCCAUGCAGGGACAGGGCUGUCCCCAGGAGUCCGUCAUCCACCACCACCUUGCCCACCUGAGAUAUAUCUUCCCAGGCCCUUGCAAGCAGGGGAAAGGAUGGAGAGAUGAGGACCCAGACAGCAGAAAGUAUCCCCUAGGCAACUGCUGCCUGCCAUGGCUCUCCAGCCUAGCUGCUGAUUUAAAUUCAAACCAGAUUGAGUCUAACCUCCAUUUCCACACCCAGCAACUCCAAGGGAGACAAUGACGGAGUGACAACCACAUCCCAGAGCCUGGGCUCUCCACCCCUUCCUCCAAAAAAACCACGCCCAAAGAGGCUGCCCCUCAGAAGUACAGGACCUACCUCCCCAGGCUCAGCACCUUCCCAGGGACCAGAGAGAUUAUACACCCUGGCACAGAGAGCUGGGACAGGGUCUGCCCCAAGCAUCGCCCUGGCUCUGGGGGACCAGCCUGUUGCAGAGCACCAAGGCUGCAGCAUUCAGCAGCAGGGGAACAAGGAGGGCUGGCAAACUGUGGCUGCAAUUAAAGGUGGUUCCUAGCUCAUUCCCCUGGCACAGGCACUACUGACAUCCUCCCCUCAUAACUGUCCUGUGCUGGGAGCGGGAGGGAGCAUUUAUAGCAACAGCCAAGGGAACCAGCUGGUGCUCAUUGCCUUGUCUGGUGGAGCCAAGUCAGGGUCAUGCUUUGGAAAUAUUUGAGAAGUGCAGUGAUUAAAAGAUUUGAACUGGCAGUCUGAGCUGUCUCC